AUGAAACACUCCUCAUCAACAGAAGACCACAGGAGGAUGAACCACCUCCUCAUCAACAGAAGACAAGGAGAGAACCCCUUCCUCAUCAAAGAGACCAAGGAGAUGAAACCUCUCAUCAACAGAAGACCAAGGACGAUGAACACCUCCUCAUCAACAGAAGACCAAGGAGAGAACCACCUUCUCAUCAACAGAAGAACCAAGGAGAUGAACCACCUCCUCAUCAACAGAAGACCAAGGAGAUGA